GAUAGUUUGUUAUUGUUAAUACUGUUUUAGUUGAUAUUUUUGUUGACUUUCCUCAACAUUUUGGUCCUAUGCCAAACCGUAUCUAUUCUGAAGAGCAACCUUGAGACUGAAUACUCUUCUUAAAUUUCAAGGGUUUAUUAGUCAUUUUGUUUUGUUCAGCACUUAGUCUUUGAGAGAUGCUAAAAAUAUACAAAAUCGAAAUAUUCCGCAAAAUAAACUGGCAAUGUUUGCCAUAUAUACCCCCUGGAAGGGCUUAAAUCGCUUCGUCCAUUAUUCCAUCAUGGUUCAACCCGAUAAUACCAUUGUUCCAAAUAACUAAAUGGUAUUGUACAAUGAAAGAAGCAUGUCGAUCGCCGCUUCUAUAAAAAGGGAACGAACAAUUAAAGAACUGUCCGUGCUAAAGAACCGCCUCCCCAGAGUUAAAGAAAAAUAACAACAGGAUUUUAAAAGGUGAUGUUUUAAUCGGAGGAUGCCCAGAUUGAUAGUUGCUGAUGGCCUUCCAGCUUUGUUCAGGUGUGAGAGCCGUUAGGAGGGAUAAAGCAAGACAGCGCCUGCAGAGUCAACUUCUCCUGUUUUCAUUAGUUUUUCAAUCAUCUAUGACUUCUGUUUCAUUAUCUUGCUGAAGCUUCGAACAUUUCCAACAUCGAGGCCAUCAUCAUGAUCUUAAUGUGAAUUUUAUAUAUCGUCAGUAUUUUUUUAGGCAGCAAGUCAGCAAAUCGUCAGUGUCGUAAUUUUCACUGAUGUCUCCAAUAUCAUCUUGAGUUUGAAGUCAAUCAAUCAUGUUAAUAAUUCCUGGCCUGUACUGGGGUUAUCAGAAGAUAAGACCUGACUGAUCGUUAAUGAACUUGACAAAUGGAGAUAUAUCUCAAUUCGAACUUAUAACAUUUACUAGAAGACUAUGGAGGCUGUUGACUGACUUAAGUGUUGUCGACCUAAACUCCACAUGAGAUAACUCUUUUCGUCUUUGAUUUGUGAACUGUCUGUCACUGCUUCCUAAAAUUACAACUCGAGAAUAGAAAGAAGACGACCAUGGAAACGGGUUUAUGGCAUGUGAAGAUUAGGCUCACUCUGGGAGAAUGCAACCCGAGGCUUUCACCAACAUCUACGGGGUACAAGAUCCGAUUGGUCUUACUCUUCUUGAUCAUCAUGUGGUCAACAUUGCUCUCAAGUCUAGUUCUCCACUCAAACAUAGUCAUCAUUAGACGUGGCGUUGUCACCGAAUCCAGCAACGACCACGCCAUUGUAGAACAUGUAUCUGAAGCAAACACCAGCGGCAUCGGUCCGUGUGAGAAACGUAUCCUGCUAUUUGGGGAUUUAAGUGGCAUGAGGGGUUGGCCUGAGCUUUCAAAGUGGGUGGAGCUUCUGGAGAAAAGUCUGAGGCUUGAUCACGAGGUGAACUUGGGAUGCAGAACCGACAGUAUGAACUGCACGGUCCGACUUUCUCUUGGGACGGAUCCGAAGCGGUUCCGCGGUAAAGACGCGGUCAUCUUUGGCAGUUUACCGCAUGCGAUGAAAGGACAGAUUGAGAUGCUGAAAACUCUUGAACCGGAAGAGAACCAGACGUGGUUCUUCUACAGCACGGAGUCGCCACACCGCGUGACACUAUGGAAUCAGAAUCUGAACAUAACCCAGCUCAAGUAUCAUAAGUUGAUAUCGUAUCGCUGGGAUUCCGACGUAUAUGUAUCGUUUGGAUCGUACAGUCACAGACCGCCAACCAACACGUCCAUAAGCUUGUCGCCUCCAUUGCCUCCAAAGAAACAUCUCAUAGCGUGGGUCAACAGCAACUGUGUUGAAAUAUCGUGGCCAAGAAAACCGUUCUUAAGUCGCCUCCGCGCUCGCAUACCUGUUCACGACUUUGGAGCAUGUGGGACCAAGCAGUGCGUACCUCGUCAUUCCUCUAAAUGCGCAUCAUUGAUACAAAGUUACAGAUUUCUACUUAUUCUUGGAAACGCUGAAUGUAAUGAUCUCAUCCUGUCCGAUUUCUGGUCCCUAGCUCUUGCCAAUGACGUCGUACCGGUUAUCUACGGGGCUCCCAAGUCGGACGUUGUCAAAGUAGCUCCACCUCAUUCCUUCAUCCACGUUUCUGAUUUCGAAACGGUUGGCUCAUUAGCAGACUUUCUCUACAUGUUAGCAGAAGACGAGGAAGAGUAUGAUAAAUAUUUUGCUUGGAAAAGACGCGGUAAAGUAAAAGUGACGUAUCCCAUCGCUCCAAAGCUGGUGUGCAGAGCGAUUCCACACAUGUUCGAUGGCACUCCUCAGUACCUUACCACUGUUGGUGAAUCUACCUGGUUUAAUGGUUGCCGGACAAGACCGGAUAAGAAUUCAUUGAAACCGUUUAGCCCUGAUCAGCAGUACAGAGAAUAUAACCACUGGACUAUUUGGCGGGCGAUGUGAUCUCAGAUGUAAUACUGAUGGGGAACAAUUAAACAAAUUAAAACUAUGGAAUAUGAUUAUAUUCGCGCGCGGAAAAUGAAUAGCUGGAUGUGCCAUAGUCCUAGCAUGAUAGUAUGAUCCACUCAUAAUAAAUGACAAUGCCUGUAUUUUAAUCACAUUUUUAGAAAAAAAAAUCCAUCAAGAGCAAAGGAUCCUAAUGGAUGUGACGUAAAUCUAUAACAUGAUCUAAAUAUAAAUUAUUUAAAUACAUGUAUGUUUCAAUUUAGGGUGUAAGCCCGUUGUAUUCCAUUUAUAAUAUACUUUGUAUUUAUUCAUUAAAUGGCAUUUUACGCUAAAUUUGUGUUCUUUGUUUUUCGUGAUACGUCUUAAGAUGUUAAGAUCUGUAAAAUAAAUGUUCAUGUGUGAUUGUCGCGUAAUUAUAAGACGCGGUCCUAAAUUUUUGUAAGGAGCCUAUUACAUCUCUUGGGCUUAGUUACACCUCAGUAAGUCAGAUAAUUCAUAGACAGUAUAGGUCUUAACAAGAUGCCACCUAAUGGAAAAAGCAUCCAGGAUUGGACGUGAAGUGUACUCUCAUUUACAUGUUCAGUCUAGGUGACAGGAUCUGUUUAAUAGUUUAACCAUUAAAUUAGGCAUUUAUGUAGCUCAACAGGCAGAAAUACUGAAAAUAAUAAUCCCUAUAGUAAAACAUUUCUUUCAAGUUUUGAUCUCCAAUAGAUUGCCUAUAUCAAAAUACCUGGUCGUCGUUCACGGGUUGCCAAGAUAAAGCCAGGUUGAACACAAUCUUCGAGAGAAGCAAUGGACUACAAACAGACAAAGAUUGGUUGCAUCGAUUUGUUCUCUCCAUUGUUCCAAAACAUCGCCCUCAAGUGACAACCUUACCUUCAUGGAUGCGAUUCACUUCUUGUAUCUGGGCAGUUACUGAAAACAUAUUUUUAAAGGGUUUUGCAGUGUACUUAUUUUAUUUCAUUUAUAUUCUAAUUUGUUUAUCCUUUCAUUUUCUUUAUUUUUGAGGGGGUAUGGGGUAUUAUUAUGCAAUGAUUAAUCUAAAGACGCAACGGCUUUCUAGAAAUGAAUAAUAAAUGUUUGAGAUAUCUAAGUUCUUACGGUAAGAACAUGAUAAUGUAGGCCUACCUAUAUUUUGAGAGUGAUACGGUCAAAGGGAAUUUCGAAACAUUUAUGACAACUUCUAGGGUAUGAUUAAACAGGUAAAAUUCAAAUGUUGUACAUUUUUACAUAUUCAAUAAUAUCGGAAUGACCCAAAAUCCUGAAUGAUCGCUUGAAACAAAGAUGGGUACAGUCGUUGACUACACUGAUGUGCAGAUGGGGACUUGUGGGGUCAUGCCCCCCAAAAAAAGCAAAAUCACGACCAAGAGAAACAAAGAAAAUGAAAGGAAAAGGGGAUAGAUUUGAUAUUAUUUUCUGAAUAUCUUAUCAAAGUUUAUCACAUAAUUAGAUUUUUUGUAUCAAUAAAGUAAAAAGAAAAUGC